UUGACAUCGUGCAUCGUGUGAUAAUUUCUUUCUCUAUGGUGUGAUCGUGUGUGAAUUCAGUGUUCCGCCAUUGCUUACGCUUACAUUGUCACAUUAGACUGCAUCGCGGUGUUCGCCACAGCGGAAAGUUUGGGCUUUCGAACUUUUAGCAAUGUCCCAAAAUCAGCGGAAACGCUACAGGCAGUACCUGCAGCCGGACUCGAACGUUCAAGUGCCACGGCAAACUCGACAGUACGUGCUGAAAAGAGCCAAGUCGUCCACUGCUGCAAGUCAGACGAAUCUGGCAAACCUGAGCAGCCCUUCCGCGGAUGUCACUGACAUUGAUUCCAACGACAAUGAAGCAGAUCAUCUUGGGCAGACUGAUCUUGCUUCUGAAAGUUAUGCUCGUGAAAGCACAAGUGCCUAUGUCAGCAACGUAGAAGGCACUAACGAAUCUGCAAGCGAAACAGGCAGUAGGGAUGAAUGCAGUUCUGCCUUCGAGUUGAACAAUGAUGAUGAUGCAGAUAGUCAACCAGAGAAUGCUGCUGAAGGAAGCGAGCAUGAAGCCCUUGAAGAUGAUGAGUUUGACAUGUACUUCACAAAGCUUUCAGAGGAGUACCUUCCAAACCAGACAACAACAAAAGCACAGGCUCUUCUCCUUGUGCUGGCAUAUGUUGUUACUUCUGGCCUUACAUGGACACAACUACAAGGGCUUCUUACUUUAAUAAAUGCUCUGUUUGGGGUGCAAGUUGUGCCAUGCUCUACAUAUUCUGUGAGGAGGCUGUGGAAGAACAGAAAAGAAGCAUUAAGAAUCCACCUAUACUGCCAGAACUGCCAUCAAUAUCUGGGAAAGUACAGCGAUGUCAAAGAUGAAGACACCAUCACUUGUGCUUCUUGCAGCAGUGAGAAGAAGCUGCAACAUUUAAUGAAUUCUGCAAGUUUUUUCCUAAUGUUUAACAUUAAGCAGCAGCUUCUGGUGCUAUUGAAACAGGUUGGCAGUACCUUGCUUUCCAAUUUGCAGAAGAUUGCAUCUGUUGCUCAUGUGUCGGGUGUCUAUUGUGACAUCACGGAUGGCAUUCUUUACCGCAGUGUUAGAAAGCAGAAGAACAUGACAUGGAGCGACAUCACUUUGACCAUGAACACUGAUGGGGCACCUGUGUUCGAUGCUAGUAAAAACUCUAUAUGGCCAAUCCAAGUGAUGGUUAAUGAACUGCCAGUUUUAACUCGGUGGCAAAAUGUGCUAAUUUCAGGUGUCUGGUAUUCGCAUGUUCACCCACCUAUGCACCUCUUCAUGAAGCAGUUUGUUGAAGAAGUCAACAGCAUCGGAAAGCUGGUGUGGUCACACGCUGGAAGAACUACUGAGUCAGCAGUGCACGUUAUUGUGUGUUGUGUGGACUCCCCAGCAAGAGCCGCUAUCCUGAACAGGAAGCAGUACAAUGGGUAUUUUGGGUGCAGCUGGUGCUUGGAGCAAGGCAUCACUAUAGAUGGCACAAUGAAGUACCCUUUCAACAGCCAGAACGCCCCUGACAGGACUCACAGUGGUGUGCUCAAAGGAAUGGUUGAAGCAGCACAGCGUAAGGAACCUGUCUGUGGUAUCAAGGGACCAUCAACUCUGGUCAAGUUGCAAGGCCUUGAUCUUGUUUGGGGGCUUCCACCUGACUAUAUGCAUUGUGUUUUGGAAGGCGUUACCAAGCAGAUCACUGAAUUGUGGCUGUCGUGUACUGGUUCCUCGUGGUAUAUAGGCAGGCACUUGAAGCUUGUAGAUGCAAGACUACGUUCACUAAGGCCACCUAUAAUUUUCUCAAGGUCAGGACGGCCCUUAUCAGACCGGGCAUAUUGGAAGGCGGCUGAAUGGCGCUCUUGGCUUUUGUUUUAUUGUCUGCCAUGUGUGUCCAGCAUACUUCCACGAGCCUAUGUGACGCAUUUUGCACUUCUUACACAAGCAGUCUUUCUUUUGUUGAAAGACAUUGUCAUAGAAGCUGAAAUCUGUACUGCUGAAAAGUUACUGUUAGCAUUUGUUCAGCAGACUGCAAAGCUAUACGGAGAAAGUGCAAUGACAUUUAACAUGCAUCAGUUGUUGCAUCUUUCAAAGUCAGCACGGAUGUUUGGGCCUCUUUGGGGUACCUCGACAUUUCCAUUUGAAGAUGGCAUUGGUAAGGCACUCCAGCUUGUAACAGCUGCUAAGCAUGUGCCUGUUCAAAUUGCUGAACGGUGCAUCAUGCACCAGGCCUACCGGACUGCUUCAGCACAAGUAGAACUUUCGUCUUAUCUUUUGUCUGCAAAGAAGGAGCUGGAGCACACAUAUAAGAGAUGCUUUCAGACAUGUGCUCUUGGGCAGGCACGACCAAUUGAUGAUGUUCCAGAAAAUCUGAAAAGGCUUUUCAUUUCACGAUUUGGUACCCUCCCACAACUGUGCAAGUAUUUGAGGUGCCAGGUUGGCCCGAUUGUCAUUCACAGUUCCGAGUACUCUGUGCCAAGAAAAACCUGCUCUUCCUAUGUCAAAAUGUCCGAUGGCAUGUACUGUUAUAUCUUGGCCAUUUAUGUUGUUUCAGGCACUAUGUACUUUCACUGCCAGCAGCUGCUCACUACACCCAGUGCAUUCGAUGUGCCACACAUUUUGCAGUGCCGUCAUCCACCUCCAACUGAGAACCACUUCUUGUAUUGCGUUGAAGACAUAACAUUGCAGUGUGUCUUCUUAAGUGUUGGUAACAUCUCAUAUUUAUCUGAGUUACCUAAUAAGGUAGAAAAGAACUAAAUCGAAAUUUGAAGGUUCAUUCCAUGAUUCAAGAUUGCAGGUACAGGUGACUGAUUAAUUUAAACUCUGGAAAGAUAGUUGUAGAGUCAUUAUUAAGGUCGAGUAGUUGUAUUUAUCAAUUCCAAAUUGUGUCGCUGUCGAACUGUAGUAGGCUACUCCAAUUUAACCGUGUGUACUUUCUCCAAUAUAUAGGCUUGUGGGAGCAGCAUGCUGAUUGCGGAUAGUGUACAGCUGUUAUCCUGUAUUGACGAACCUUCUGUGCUGUGUCUCAAAACACUGCGCUUUAUGUGAUCCCAUUGUCGUUGUACUAAACCAUUAAGGCUUUUAACGUGCCCUGAAUGGUGCCUUAGCUUUUCCAAAACUGCUCCCUUCGUCCAGGUCGGGUUCCCUUCGAAGUUUCGAAAGAAAAAUGCUUGUCCUGCAACAAGUGCUCUCGAAACUGUGUUGCAUAUGCAGUUGGUAUGGGUUUUGUUCGCUUUUGCUUGGGGCUGAAUGCAUGGGUGCUGUAUACAGCUCGUGCCCGAGCAUAACUGCAGCGGUUGUUUGCCCAUUGAUGUGGAGACAGUGGUGUGUUGCUUUAGCAAGAACUGGGCCAGCCUACACAGGAAUGUUCUGUCCUUGUUUUUGGCUAGUGCUCGUUUCGUUUCAAAAGCCAUACUUUCUGCUUGACCAUUCAUUAGAGGGUGACACGGUGCGCUUGUUGCAUAUGUCACCCCAUUCUUCUUUAGGAAACUCUCAACUUCUACUGAAGUGAAGGAAGGUCUAUUAUCCUCGCAAGCUUUUUGGGAGCCCAAAUAUUGCGAGACAGUUCAGGAUUUCUUCAAUCAAUGUGGAAGACUGUAUGUUGGGCAUAGAGCACAUUUCGAACGAUUUGCUGUAUGCUUCGACAAUAAACAGCAUUCAGCCUUUUACGGGGCCAGCAAAGUUUGCGUGAGCUGUGUCCCAAGACGUUAAUGCAUAUUCCCAUUCGGAGACCGGUGCCCUAGUUGGUGCCCUUAAGUGUUGACAAGUUGCACAACUUUUAGCAAGCCUUUAGAUGUCUGUGUCAAAGCCUUGCCACCAAAAUUGACUGCAUGUGCAUGGCUACAGGGCCACAAUUCCACAGUGGUUUUCAUGCGCAAGUUCAAGAAGGUCAUUUCUCGCCUUUGUUGAAAUUACCACCCUGGAGCCUCUUAACAAGGCAUCCCCUUUUGCACUGAAAGCUCUGUCUCAAGUUUCCUGUAUGAUGAACACCUUUCCUUUGCCAGUUUGUGGCCUCCAGCACCGAGGACAAAAACCAAGUCCUCUUGGGUCAGUUGCAAGAGUUUAUGUGGUGAAAGCUCCAAGCUGGGCAUGGUAUUUAACAUGAGCACUCCUCCCGGGCAACAAAGCUCGUCAGCCUGUGCCAGUAUUGGAAGUCUGCUGAGAGCGUCGGUGUUUUGGUGCUGUCAGCCAGGCCUGUACACCAACUUGUAAUGGUAUGUUGCUAGUUUCAGGCACCAUCGCAUAAUCCUUGCGAUGUUAAUCCUUGCGAAAGGACCCAGGGUACUUGCUUUGUUUCACCUAUGAUUUCAGUCAGUGCCUGGUGACCUGUUAUUAUGGUCAUGUGCUGGCUAGCGAUGUACUUAUGAAAAUGACAUGCCAUAGGUUGCUGCCAAACCGUUAUCGAGCUGGGAGUACUUUUCAAUGCGUCGCCGUGUUCGCAGUGGAAUACAAUGGAUGCCUCUCAGCCAAGAGAAUCUUCCUGAGCGAGGACAGUGCCGACACCAUAUGGCGAUGCAUCCACGAAAAAAAAGGGGGGGCUUCAUCUUGUAGUGAACGAGUACUGUAGAUGUGUGGAUCACCUCUUUAAGCGCCUCGAAAGCGGCUUGAUGCUUGCUGUCUCACUUCCAGAGUGUGUUAUUUUCUAGAAGCCUAUACAAUUCAGCAGCUGUUGCUCUGUCCUCUAAAGUGAGGUCAUUCGUAAAAUGAAAUAAGAUCCAGAAAAGUUCUUAGCAAUGUCUUGUCAGAUGGUUUGGGUGCUUGAAGCAUAUCCUCAAGCGUUUUCUCAGUGGUGUGAACACCAGUGGCAUCAAUUUGAUGUCACAGAUACUCAACUGACGCGAUUCCAAAGUGGCACUUUUCUUUCUUGAGGCGAAGGCCUGUCUCACUUCGCCUCAACAGAACCUGAUUCAGACGCUGUGCAUGCACAUUGCACCCUUCCCCUUAACAAUGAUGUCAUCAAGCUAAACACUCGCCCCUGGAAUUCCAGCCAACAUUGUUUCCAUCAGGUGCUGAAAGGUAGCUGGUGUGGUGGAAAUUCCGAAUGGGAGGCAUUUCACUUUGAACAGUCCUUUUAUUGUGUUGACUGUGAGCAGUGCUGCUGUUCGACUUUCAGUUGUUGAUAUGCUUGAUAUAUAUCCAGUGUUGAGAAGGGGGUUUCACCAUGUGGGUUUGCGGACACUUCAUCCGUAGUUGCUAGCGGGUAUGAUGCCUUCUUCACUGCUGCGUUAAGGGGGUAUGGUAGGGUGCAUGAACUAUCUUGGUUUCAGCUUCAUAUCUCAACAACUGUUUUAUAUAUUAGCGUGAAAUUCUGCACGCUCAAUAGCAAUUGUGUUGGCCUUAAUUGGUGUAAUUUUUUACUGAAGGCCUUUUUUAUUUUUUGUGUAGUUGAGAACCAAACUUUAAGCUAUGAUGGAAAAUAAAAUGUACCUUUUCUCAGAAACAAAAAAUAGCAUGACCGUGAAAUUUCGCACAAUAAUUCUGUAUAAUAGUGGGUUUAACUGGAACCUUUAAAAAAUGCUUUGCUACAUUUGCGUCACAAGAAAAAAAAUAUUGCCGUCACACGUCUCGUACUGUGGAGGGUCUUUCUAAUAAUGUUUUCUUUUUUUUUAGUCAUAACCCAGUGAUUUUUUCACACAUUUAGGUUCAGAUUACUUGCAAGGGAUGCGAGUAUAUUCUGGGAAAAUUUCAGCAUAAUGGGCUGAGUAGUUUUUCAGAAAAGGUACAUCAAGUUCCGAAAAUUUUGAAAAAUGUUAUUUUGAGAAAAACGCAUUUUUAUGUUUGCGCCUUCACUACAACUGUUCAGCAUGCACCAGCAGAGUACAGAAAUUUUCUGGCUUUUUUGGUGUCUUCCCCAAAGCCUUUCUUCAUGUUUACGUAAACGUAAACAUGAAAUAAACAUAAUUACGUAAACACUGAAAAAAUGACGGAAAAUAACAUGUAAACAAACCCUCGCGUCUGUCACGUUUAAAUACCAGGCGGCGCGCUUUUUGGCGCCAUUUUUAAAUGGCUUAGAGCGCUCCUACGCGCUCGCCGCUGCACUGUUUUGCUCCCCACAGUGUGUAUUAUUUUUUAUUGAUGAAAUCAAAAAAAUCAGUUUUUUGGUCGAUUUGCCCUACUAUACCCCCUUAACAAUACUCCUGUAGUCACCGCAGACACAUAGUGUCCUGUCGUCGUUCUGAAUGAACCAGUGUGGUUGCCAAUUUGGUAUGCUGCUUUAGUUUUAGGAUGCCGUGUUGCUGUAGAUGAUCAAGCUCCUUUUCCAUUGGCCCUUGCAGUGCCGGCAGAACUGGACACUUGCAAAGGUUCACAGUCACGCCAUUUUUGGUUCCCAGGUGAACCAAGGGAGCUGUGUAGCUCCAAAUGUUUUUCUCGGAUACAUCUGGGGGCCGUCAGAGAACCUCUGUAAUCUCCGACAUGGCUCUCCUAUGUAGCUGAUCCCUUUCACCUGAUUAUGAAGUGCCGAAAACCAGGUUUUUCCUGGAAGGUCGCACUUGGUACCUUUCAUAACCAGCAACAGCAGCACAUAGUUCUUUUAUUUGAACUUGAUCUGAAUUUGCGCAGAGCCCAGGAUGCAUAUCUUUUCACCUGACCAUGUGUGAAAGUCCAGCAGCUUGCUUGAAAGCCGGAGAGCAUUUUUAUUCAGCGUUUCGGGGUAUUUGUCGUCAGUUAUCAGGGAGCAAGCUGCACCUGCAUCUACCUUAAACUGGAGCAGCUUCGCCUCCAUCCUCAAGUCCGUGAGGAACUUGGAGGAGUGUAUUCAUCCACUCGCUGAUUGUAGCUCAUAGCAGGACUCACUGCCAGGUAGUGGGUUGGCACUUGUUUUUCUUUUCUUUUGAAAUGCAGGCAUUCUUGAUGUGACCUUUCUUGUAGCAGAAGCGGCACUCGGCUGUCUUGAAUUUGCAUGUUUCAGGGCAGUGUGAAUCAUCGCAUCGAUGGCAAUUUAGGUCUGAUGAAUUCUCGCUUCCUUGCUUGGUUUGCGACAUGCUGGUAAUUUCCCCCGAGUUCGCCACGACACACUUUCCGCUGAUGAGGCUAAGUCUAGAGUGCAUUGAAGUGUCAACACUUUUUCCACGAACAGUCUCUGCUGAAGAUGUUUGUCCCGGAUGCCGCAAACAAAUCUCACAGAGCAUCACAUGUUGUGGUAGCAUGGUUGGGUUUGGUGCUGAAGUGCUCGUUUGGCUGUCAGGUGACGUCAAUGUUGCAGCCAUUGGCAGCACUCCAGUGUUGCAGUUGGCUGUCAAGUUUAUGAGAGCUGCAAUGUAGCUGCUGAUCGACUCAUCCGGCCUUUGGUCACAUCUUUGAAACACAUAUUGGCUGUAAAGCUCGGAGGGCCUGAGGUCCAUGUGCAGCCAGCGAAGUGUGGCUAAGUUAUUGGUUCACUUCUUCCGGGGUCUUCGCUGUGACCUGUGUGUACACAGUCUCGAAAUUGUCGGCCCCUCAAAGCCAGAGGAGAAGUGCCCAUUUCUUUGCUUUGCUUCGUUGCUGAUGUCAUUUGCCAUGAAGAAAAAGUCGAGAUGCUGGAUCCAUGAUGCCCAUGAUUUUGCCAGAGAAAAGCUCGAUGGCAUAGUGAAUUCCACCUAUAGCCAUGGCCUUAACUUCAAAACCUUUUCCGCUUCGUAACUCAACUCCUGCCUUGUCAGCAGGUUUCAUGUGGGGUCGAGCCCCGUCUGUGAAAGGAAUGCUCAACGGUUGGUGGCAGAAGACAGGGUUUAUUUUCUACAAAAGACGCAGGCAAGCACCAUAUGUGUUCGAGGGGGCAAACCCGCGACCCUUGUUUGGUCCCUGUCCGGUGGCCGAGAUGCUGGCGCGACGGAAGAUUCUUGGAACUUGACUCACGGUGGGACUGCUUCCGGUUUCUGCUGCACUGGUGCUUCCUCCAGCUGAAGAGUGGUGGUGUGUCACUUGUACACAACCCUUUUCUUGUGGCAUCUGCAUUGCUGUAACCUAGUUUGGGGAACUUCUCCGUAUACUACGGCUUUAAGAAUUGCCGUCAACCAACCUUAUGAUCACCCCUCCGCAGACCUCUUCAAAGACAGCAAUAUACUGUGAAUAUUCAGUCUUUUCGAUAUAUGUCUGUGCUUAUACUACAGACAGGAAAUUCUGGGCAAUGUUUCAACUCUGUCAGAAUUGGCUAAUCUAGAACUGUUAUCGGCGGCAUACCCGUUACGCCAUGAAUCCAAGGCACUACACUCUUAACACACCACGGACUAACUAUGGACAACAGAUGCUUAAAUAUUAUCUUCCAGCAUUAUUGAACUGCCCCUAUGAUGCAUCCCUUGAUAUUAACAGGUGCUGCAAUGUUGACCUCCGAGCGUUCUUUCAAUAAGUGUUUUUCUCAUUUUUUGUAUGGUUUGGCUCAUCCUUGCGGAAUUCACGGUUAAAAGCGAAAUAUGUAGCUUGCGGAAAUAGGUAGUUAAACUGUGUUGUAAGUAAGCAUCCUAACUUGAUCAUGUGUGCUUACAACUCAGGCUGAGUUGGGAGCAUCUUGUUAUGCUUUUGUAUAUUGUCUCCAUUUUUUGCACUUGUGUAUAUAAAACCUUGUCAUCGCUUUCUUUCUUUUUACCUAACCUUACAGCCAGUAUUUGCUACAAUGAAAUUAGUUUUGUUAUCCCUGUAUAUAUUCUUCUAAAGUUGCGUUCUUCAAACCCUUAAUUUUGUAUUUUAUUUGUUGUUUUGUGUGUAUAUCUUAUGCUGCUGUCUUUCUUGGUGUUUUUUUGUUUAGUAAUACAAAAGUGCUCUGUUUUUUACUGGAGUCAAUUUUCAUGUUCCUGCAACCCGUCUUUGUGCCACAUGCUCGAUGGUGUCAUUGUGAACGAACCUUGUGGGCCUCGGGAGCUAGUCAAGCUACGGCCUUUUUCCUGAGGUCCACUGCUCUUUGAAUGCAGCAGGAAAUAAAAUGAAAUGUGAAGUUACUAUAGUGCACCAUGGUGAUAGCCAGCAAAUUCAAAGCGUCACAGCAGACAUAUGGUGCUGAUGUGUAUUUGUGUGUUCAUAUAAUGAGAAAUGCAGGUUUGACUUGAGCAAUUGCCACAUAUGUUAUCUAAUUUCAAUAAUUCGAAAUGUUCUGAUAAUUCGACUUCGAUACACAGUCGUUGGAGUUACAUUGGUGCAUGUUCAUUGUACUUGGCACAUUAUUAUACUGGCUGAAGACUGGCAGGUUGCUGGAUGGAAUUGAAAACUAUCUAGAUGCCUGGAAGCUUGGAGACAAAUCUGUAGCUGACACAGUAACGUGAAUAACUGUAUAGUGGCAGUGGACUGUGCAAUAGCCCCAGCAUCAGAUGUUCCCAAAACAUUUACAGUGUAUUGAAGUGCAUAUGCUUUUGUUUGGGACUGUAUGGCUAGAAAUAAGACAAAUGUACUUUGCUAAGAAAUCGGGUGACUUCCCCCUAAAAAUUGCAUGUUUUUAUUAAUUAUUAAUACAUUCAAACUUGCCUUAAUAUUGACUGUAUAAAAAAGAUAUAUGAAUGGCUGCUGCAAUGUUAAAAUCACUUUUAAAUUUCUUUUUUGUUUGUCAAUUUGUGUACUAGGAGGCUUAUAAGAUUACUGCAACCACGUGUACUGUGUGUUCAUGCUUAUUCAGUCCUUAUUUUUUUUUAUGCAGUAAACAUUUUCUAUGAAGGAAUUUCUGAAGUAGAUUUAUUUCAUCACGAUUAAUGUACGCAACAUAUGUUGACUGCGCUUAAGAAGCAUCUGUUCACAAAAUGCACAAUAGCUUUAGGGCUCAAACUGGCAGGUUGAUUGAAGGUGACUUCCCUCGUCCAGUGACCAUGGCCAUUAUGAAUCAAUGCUGCGAAAGGGUGUGAAAGGAGCAAAAGACAACACUUGAUUGCAGGUGUGAGUGGCCUUAGGUAUUGCUUUAUGUCCACUGGGUGUUCUACUCUUUGGAGAAGGUUUCUAACCACAUGUCACUCGUGCUCUCAGCCUCGGCAAAGCCAGCAUAUCUUUCCUGCAUCAGCAGACAAAAGCAGCUGCUCGAAACUAAAUUCAAAAUGCCCUUUGUCAGCUUUGCUGCUGUUGCGGUAUACAAUGCCACUUGCAUGAAAGUUUUAAUAGGCAAUGACUGGAUGCUGUCUUAAUACCUUUGUCACAGUGGUCAUUUUAUUGUCAUUAGAUUUUAAUGUCAUUCAGUGCAACAAAUGCCAUUCAAUCCAUGGUGGUGCUACACAAGAAAGAUUAAGUGUCAUUCAGUCGUGAUAUCGGCAGCACUCAUUCCAAAAAUACUUUGCAAGAAUAGAACAAGGUGUAUGUGAGCGUCUGAAGAGUCUAUCUAUUUUAAAAUAAAUAUGGAGCAUCGCUUCACUGAAAUGACACGAACAUAAAACUUCUAUUUCAGAAUCUCGCCACAGCCAAGACAAGGCUUAGCCAGCUUAGCAGUGAGCCAAUAAAUUGAACAAAAAUUAUAUGAGUGACAUGGCACCGCUGAACGAUGACUUGCAUUUGUGUACCAGUUGGUCCUUUCAAGUAACGCCUAAUCAACCCACAUGACAUCAUCAAAAACCAAAGAGAAACAAAAAAUAUGCAGAUCCCAUGCACUGUGGGAAUCGACAUAAGUGAAGCUUUCUCUGCUGGUUGCUUUGAUUGACGACAACUACUGGUGAUGUUGGCAGCGAAACCUUAAUUUCUUCAACGCUUAGUCUAACACGAGAGUUGUGAGUUGAUGUUAAACAUUACCUUGCAUUCAUCACUGCUGUUUGUCUGCAUAUGUAUGUAGUACACAGAACACACAGGGAGAGGUGUUUGCUUGAGGCAUUGUUGUGCACCAUAUUUCAUAACCUCUGAGAGGGCUGAGCAUUGUCAUUGCCUCACAUGGCACAUUGCAUCAUGGCAGAAGUAUUAAACUUGAAUUGGAUUAUGGGCCUAUACAUGCCAAAACCACAAUGGGAUUAUUAGGCACACUGUAGUGGCGGACACCGGAUUAAUUUUGACACCAUGAUGUUCUUUAAUGUGUCCCAAAAUCUAAGCGCAUGUGCGUUUUCUAUUUCACCCCCAUCAAAAUGCGGCUGCCGCGGUCAAAAUUAAAUCCACGACCUCUAGCAAUGCCAUAACUGCGAAGCUACCGUGGUGGGCACAGAAGUGCCGAUUUCACGGUCAACUACUUCCAUAGUGUUGCUUGGGCCCUGUGGUGCAGUUUAAUUAGAGCAGCUCUGCUUCUGGCACGCCCUGUGUAAUUUGUCCACUUGAGAUAUUUCCACGGUGUUUAUUUUUCAGAAAUAGCAGAUACGUGUACCAUAGCUUGAACUUAAGCUUAUUCAGUUUCCCUGCAACCACUGUCGUAUAGUAGUAGGGUUUCCUUGCCUUCUCACGUCGCCUUCCCCCCAUCCCCUUGUAUGGGAACUGCCUCUUCUCCUUGCUCUCUACAGUUCUAUGUCCCCUCUGGACUUGCAUGUUAGUUGCACUGCUUUUGAGGGGGACCACGGAUAAUUACAGCUGUCAAGGGACUGGUGUGGCAAUGCCCAGAGAGCUCCAGAGGGCAUUGUGCACAUCCAACAUGGUGGGGUCCAAACGAGUUUUCUCUUUCCCUCUUCUCUCUGACUCGCCACUGUCAUGUAUACACACGCUCUGAACCACGCCCUAACGCCAUGGUGUGGCAGACAGCAGUAGCCACAGCAACAGCAGUGGGAAAGUCAGAGAAAGCUUCGCUUCAAUACAGCCGCCCACAACCCGACCCUGUAGGGGAACAGGCCAGAGACUGGCAUCACAUGCAGACAAGCGCAUAACACUUCCAAAUACGACCAUGUAACUUGGAAAUGUAAACUAAGGCUCCCAAAUUCCAAAUUUGCCCCUUAUGGUGGAGAUGCCGAGUAAAAGGCACUGAGUUUCUCAAACUCAUUCGAUUGCGAAAGUAAUUUGAUUCUAAUCGCAUUAAGUGUUGCUGUGUAGAAGCCAAAUAAUGUCAUUCGAUGCUAAUGCUGUUCACUUUGAGUGACAUUAAAACAUCUAGUGUAACAGGGGUAUAAAUGACAAUGAGGGAGCGUGUUAAAAUAAAUAUUAAAAAAGAAAAGUUAAGUAUUGCUGCAUUUUUGUAGCAUGCAUUUGUGAGCCUCGACUUGCUAGGAUACAGAUGCUUGGCAGUAAACCAAGAUGGAUGACUCCUAUUGGAGCCAUUUUUACUGUAAAAAAGUGGAUUGUUCGUAGCAGCGAUCCAAAUUCACUUUUAUUUGUCUACUUUUAAAGGGACACUAAAGAGAAAAAAUGAUUUCUUCUGCAUCAGUAAACUACCUUUCUACGACACUGAAAACACCACUCUUACCAUGAUAACACGCCUGGUAAGCCAGAAAAGCGCAAGAAUGAAAGAUGGGUGGCAACGCCUCCUUGGAGUUCCCGCAACUGGUCACUGUGACAUAAAUUUUGAUGGCAUCUUCUAGAGCCUACUUAAUUAUAUAGCAGUACAGAUUGACUACAUUGUGUUCUAAAUGAACCAAAUAUUAAACAUGGCAAGUUUCGGGAACCUUUACUCAGCCAACGCAGCCUAGAUGUGAAAACAUAUACUUUGGAAUCCCUGAUGUCACACUGACGUAUUGGCGUCGAGGUUUCGGCAUGAAAUUCAAAUACUGAUGCUUCGACCUUCAUUUUCUCAUCUAAUAAAAUAUUAUUUUGAAAUGACUGCCUUCAGGGUUCUCAAACAAUGCUUUAUUAGUCUAAACUGAUUUAUUGUUUCACUUUAGUGGUCCUUUUUAAUGUGCACUAGCUUGUAAUGACUUAUGAUAGCUAUGUUUUGCACAUGCUGUUUGCUACCUGUGUACCUCAUAUUUUUCCUUUUGUUUGUUUUUUCAUGGUACCUUCAAUUAUGUCUUCACAACUAGCGCAAGGGGAAGUUUUACUGCAACUGUGUAUGGUUGCAAUACUAAGUUAUGUGAUUCUUAGCAAUGUGCUUCACUUGGUGGCUAUUGUGCACAGUACUAGACAGUGACAUUGUCAUUUUUACAAGCACUUUUUUCGUAUGCAUUGACUUGUGCACAAUGUGGUAAAACUUUUUCACGUCUGUAAUGAAUGAGGAACAUGUAUGGCAUAAACAUAUGCUGUUCUAGCUGCAGUGCUUGUAUGUGCCAGCUAUGAACACUUCCGCACUGUUGUUGAUGCCUUCUACAGCUGCUUCUCCAGUCUACAGCUGCUAUCUGUGUGUACCAUUGUUCUAGCCAAUGUGUACAUUAGUGUGUCUGACGAAGCUGAACUUGUUAGUGCAUCUAGCCUCAACUGCAGAUUUGAGUCUGGACGCUGUAGUAAAUGUUGCAUAUUAUUAGAACUGUUAGGGAAAGAGUUUAUGAUGUCCUUUACUGAAUAAAACUGUGUGUGAAAAGUGGUUACAGAGCUUGUGUGCAUAUUAUAUUUCUAUAUACCGUAUUUACUUGAAAAUAUGUUGAACACAAGUAUAGUUCGACCCCUGUAUAUUGAACUCACCGAGAAAUAAAAAAUUAUAAUUCAAA